AUGUCGAACUUGUGUCGUCUUGUACAACGUACAACGUCGAGCAUAAUCUAUGUAUCUCGUAUGAGUGCACAUAAUUUUCCACCUGGUACACCAGUUAAAGUACCUGAGGCUCCAGGUGGUUAUCACAUUGUUUCUGGUUCUGGUCAAUUCAUCGCUACAGAUGGCCCAUCGGUUACAACACGAACAAGAAUUGGUGGUGGUAGCAGUGCUAGCAUGUUGCCAGGUGCUCAAACACCUCACGACAAAAGUCAUUCACAUGGCGCUGGAAAGUCCCAUGGUUCCGCUAAAGGUCAUUAA